ACGACCGGUUUAGUCGUUCAGCAUUCUCAGCACCGUUAGCAUCGUACGCACGAAGCGCGUCUGUGUGUUGUGUGUGGCCACGUCUGUUGAUCGUCGUCGCGUCAUCAUCGUCUCGUCGUUCGAAACUUUACUCGUCGUCGGUGUCCGGAACACAGGCGAAUCGCAUCGCAUCGCAUCUCGCAUCCGCAUCCCAUCGAAUCAUUCGCCCCGGGCCACAAUCAAAACAUCAGCGUGUCGGGCUCCUCGGUUUGCCGUCGCCGCCGCCUCAUUUUUGGAUACGAAACUCUCAUUUUGCACCUGGUGGCCCUGGCCUGGCCGUGGCCUGUGCCUCUCCCCGUGUUCUGUUACCUGUUCGCGUGUGUGCCGCCCCGGAAUAUUCAACCAAAAAGAAGCAGCCGCAGCAGCAGCAGUAGCAGUGUUUGUGCCAAAUCUCUAACUAAACUGAAACUGAAUACAAGUAGUACAAGUGCCUUAAACGAAUAGAAAUAGCAAUAGAAAUAGAAAUUCAGAUUCAUUCAAUCAGAUCUCAAAGAAAACAAACAAUCUUUGCUCAAUGCCCGAGACAAGGCAAAGGCAACGCAAAUUUCAAUAUUUUUGAGUUAUUUUCCCCCCCACCAAAAACCCCACUCCCCCACCACCCCGUCUUGAGUGUGUGUUUGCCGGGGUUUUGUAAGCCAAAUAUAUGGUAAUGGCAGAGAUUGGUGGCCAUUUGGCUCACCAGCUACCAUUGCACAAUCACAAUCACAAUCAAACUGGAUUACAGCCGUCGCUGGUGAUGAACCAUCACCUGGAUUUGGAUUGUCAUGGACAUGAUGUGAUAAAAAAACAACGUUUAUCGCAUUGCGUUGGCUGUGGCGGCCAGAUCCACGAUCAGUAUAUCUUGCGCGUUGCACCCGAUCUGGAGUGGCAUGCGGCGUGCUUGAAGUGUCAGGAAUGCAGGCAAUUUCUCGACGAAAGCUGUACGUGCUUUGUGCGUGACGGCAAAACCUAUUGCAAGCGUGAUUAUGUUAGGUUAUUUGGUACAAAAUGUGAUAAAUGCGGUAACUCCUUCAGCAAAAAUGAUUUUGUGAUGCGCGCCAAAACGAAAAUCUUUCACAUUGAGUGUUUUCGGUGUUCGGCGUGUGCGCGACAAUUACUGCCAGGCGAUGAGUUCGCGUUACGUGAUGCUGGGGCGCUGUAUUGCAAGGAGGAUCACGAUGUGCUGGAGAAAUCAUCGCAGAGCAGUCUCACCUCCUCGUCGGUGGAGAGCAACAACAAUAUUAGCAGUAGUAACAAUAAUAACACCAACCUUAGCAAUAACAACCAUUCCAGCGAAUUGGGUUCAAUGUCAGAUUCUGGCAGCGAAUCGGGCUCACAUAAAAGUAUUAGGGAAAAACGACCCUCGGGUCCAUCGGAUGGCAAGCCAACGCGAGUUCGGACCGUGCUCAAUGAAAAACAGCUGCAUACACUGAGAACCUGCUACAAUGCUAAUCCGCGACCUGAUGCGCUCAUGAAGGAGCAACUGGUUGAGAUGACAAGCCUCUCGCCGCGUGUCAUACGCGUCUGGUUCCAGAACAAGCGCUGCAAGGACAAGAAGAAGACCAUCCAAAUGAAGCUGCAAAUGCAACAAGAGAAGAUGGUUUAUCCAUACUUGCAGGAGGGUCGCAAGCUUGGCUAUGGCGCGAUGCAGGGCAUACCGAUGAUUGCCAGCUCGCCGGUGCGCCAUGAUUCGCCACUCAAUCUGCAGGGUCUGGAUGUGCAGACAUAUCAACCGCCGUGGAAAGCCUUAAGCGAUUUUGCCCUGCACGCCGAUCUGGACAGUAAUGGAGCAAUCAAUACGCAUACACCUGCAUUUCAGCAGCUGGUCAACCAGAUGCAUGGCUAUGACCUGAAUGGAAUGCCAGUGCUGCCGCCCCAUCCGCCACAGGGACCACACCCACCGCCGCCGGGCCAACAAAUGAACGGGCCGCCUGGGGGCAGCAGCAUGGACUCGGGCAUCACCUCCUCGCACCAUCAUCCGGAUAGCACGGACUCGUAUGUCACCUACCUGGAGAGCGAUGACAAAUCCAAACUGGCGCUGACACCGUCAUCCUCGUCAUCGGCAUCGGCUGCCACAUCGAUCUCCUCGCCGCCAUCGUCCUCGUCGGCGGCGGCCACUGGUGGCGUUGGCAUCGGUGGCGGUGCCAGUGGAGUUGUGGGUGUUGUUGGCGUAGGCGUCGGCAUGGGCAUGGGCAUGGGCAUUGGCAUGGGCGGGGUUGGUUGUGUUGGUGCCGCCAAUCAGUCGGCCACCGAGCAGCUUAUGCAAAUGCUCCAAAAAGUGACUGGCUCCGGUGGUGCCCCGGCAUCCCAUGCGGUGCUUUGAGCUCAUGCAUGGCGCAAGGGGCCAGGGGGCAACCGUCAACCAUGACGAUGGCUCCUGCUGAUGCUGCUGCUGCUGCUGCUGCAACAGAGACAGACAGAGAGACAGAGAGAGAGAGAGAGAAAGAUAGUAGUGGAGGUAGCAGAAAAGAGCUCGCGGGCUUUUUGGGUUUUGUGCAAUUUCCGCGACUCGGUUUUGGUUUUUAGCUCCCCCCCCGCCCCGUCCCCUUUUCCCCUGUACUAUUUUUGUAAACUAUGAUUUGUAUUUUGUAACGUAACUUUAUUUUACUUUAUUUUAUUCUGU